CAUCGAUUACUUCAAUCCUUCCAUUCUCCAAUGCAUUCUAUUAUCCUGGGCUCGAGAAUUGGGUUUUAUUAUUUGUUAUGGUGCCAUAGUUCUAAAACUUUACCGUCACCUAAUCGAAUUUCGAACGAGAAAGGCACACCGAUGGGUGGUAAAAGAUACAGAUCUGCUCAAGUACCUUCUCAUUAUGGUUUUGGCCGUUUUUGUCUACAUGGCUGCCUACGUAGCCAUUUCGCUGAACUUUCAUUACGAAAACUUCGACCUCCUUUACAAAGGAGUCAUUUCAGAUAAUAUGAAUUACGUAGCAUGUAAGCCGUUAUGGUGGGACUACGUUACGGAGAUUGGGGAAUUGUCGAUCCUAGUCUUCGGAAUACAUCUAAGUCACGCUUGCAGAAACGCUAAAACGCAGUUCAAUAUGGUGUAUGCCCAUUUGACGGUAUUGGAACUGCGGUCGAUUGGGACACGUACGAAGCGCCUACAAGAGCGAGGAAGCUGCCCAAGAGUGCGUGAGAGAACGACGACAUACAUCUGCAGCUAAACCAAAAACUG